CCGACCCGCCAGGCCCCGCGCGGCUCGGAUCCGGCGGCGCUACUAGGGCCGGGAGUGGGUUGGGGAGAAGCCGGGGCAGGGGAGGAGCCGCCGGAGCUGUUGGAGCUGUGACACCCAGGGCAGCCUCACUCAGAAGCCACAAGGAAAGCUAGUGGAGUCCCUCAUCCCUCCAACUUCUCUUCCAAGCUGCCCCAUGGCCCUUGAUCCAGAAAGCCACUUCACAAAGGUCCCUUGGGAGAAACUCCUCGAGGCUCCCAGGCUGAGACGGGGGGAAUGACAGUGUGAGCUCUCGAUGGUGUGAGACCACCCCAGAGCCAGAGCCAGACAAUGGCUACAGCCUUGGAACCGGAGGACCAGGAUCUUUGGGAAGAAGAGGGGAUUCUCAUGGUGAAAUUGGAAGAUGAUUUCACCUGUAGGCCAGAGUCUGUCUUACAGAGGGAUGACCCUGUGCUUGAGACGUCGCACCAGAACUUCCGGCGCUUUCGCUACCAGGAAGCAGCAAGCCCUCGGGAAGCUCUCAUCCGACUCCGAGAACUGUGUCAUCAGUGGCUGAGGCCAGAGAGGAGGACAAAGGAGCAGAUCCUAGAGCUGCUUGUGCUGGAACAAUUCCUUACUGUCCUGCCCGGAGAACUGCAGAGCUGGGUGCGGGGCCAGCGGCCAGAGAGUGGCGAGGAGGCCGUGACGCUGGUGGAGGGUUUGCAGAAACAACCCAGGAGACCAAGGCGGUGGGUGACUGUCCAUGUUCACGGCCAGGAAGUCCUGUCCGAGGAGACAGUGCAUCCAGGAGCAGAGCCCGAGUCACCUAGUGAGCUUCAGGAUCCUGCACAGACCUUGACCCCCGAGGAGUCCCGUGAGGAGACCACACAGAGCCCAGAUCUGGGGGCACCAGAAGAGCAGAGCCUGUGCCAGGAGUUGGAGUUCCAGCCCCUGCAGGAGAGCGAGGUUCCAGUGCCCCAGGACCCAGCCCUUCCUGAAGAGAGGAACCCUGGAAACCCAGAGAUGGUUGCCCUUCUUACUGCUCUGUCACAGGGAUUGGUAACUUUCAAGGAUGUGGCUGUCUGCUUCUCCCAGGACCAGUGGAGUGAUCUGGAUCCAACGCAGAAGGAGUUCUAUGGGGAAUAUGUCUUGGAAGAAGACUGCGGAAUUGUGGUCUCCUUGUCAUUUCCAAUCCCCAGACUAGACGAGAUCUCCCACAUGGGAGAAGAAGAGCCUUUGAUCCCAGAGAUCCCAGAGGCGCAGGAGCCUCGAGAGCCAGAAAUCCUGAGUUUCACCUACACAGGAGAUAGGAGUGAAGAUGAGGAGGAGUGUCCUGAGCCAGAAGAUCUGAGUUUGGAGGAUCUACACAGGUCUAUCCUGGGAGAUGCAGAAGUUCACCAGACUCCAGAUUGGGAAAUAGUCUUUGAGGAUGAUCCAGGUAGACUUAACGAAAGAAGAUUUGGCACAAAUAUUUCUCAAGUUAGUAGUUUAAUGAAUCUUCAGGAAACCAUGCCUGUCCACCCCCUGUUAGGGAGACAUCAUGACUGUCCUGUAUGUGGUAAAAGUUUCACUUGUAACUCCCACCUUGUUAGACACCUGAGAACUCACACAGGAGAGAAGCCCUAUAAAUGUAUGGAGUGUGGGAAAAGUUACACACGGAGCUCACAUCUCGCCAGGCACCAAAAGGUCCACAAAAUGAGCACUCCUCAUAAAUAUCCCCUAAACCGGAAGAAUCUGCAUGAGACCUCCCCUCUGGUCCAGGUUGAGAGAACUCCACCUGUUGAGAAACCCUAUAGGUGUGACGAUUGUGGAAAACACUUCCGCUGGACUUCAGACCUUGUCAGGCACCAGAGGACACAUACGGGAGAGAAACCCUUCUUCUGCACUAUUUGUGGCAAAAGCUUCAGCCAGAAAUCCGUGCUUACAACACACCAAAGAAUCCACCUUGGAGGCAAACCCUACUUGUGCGGAGAGUGUGGAGAGGACUUCAGUGACCAUAGGCGGUACCUGGCCCACCGGAAGACGCACGCGGCCGAGGAGCUCUAUCUGUGCAGUGAGUGUGGGCGCUGCUUCAACCACAGCGCCGCCUUUGCCAAGCACCUGAGGGGACACGCCUCAGUGAGGCCCUGCCGCUGCACCGAGUGUGGGAAGAGCUUCAGUCGGAGAGACCACCUUGUCAGGCAUCAGAGAACACACACUGGUGAGAAACCAUUCACGUGCCCUACCUGCGGAAAGAGCUUCAGCAGAGGCUACCACUUAAUCAGGCACCAGAGGACCCACUCAGGAAAGACCUCCUAGCCUGGUCCCCACGUGCGGACACCUGCCUUCGACUCUUUCCCAGGGAUGGUCUGGGAGAAGCCGUCUUGUCGGCCUGGGAAGACCUUUUCUAGGGAGUCCCCUGACCUGCCCAGAUGUGCGUUAGCAACCUCUUCCCACAACUAGAUCACCCCACCCCACCCCCCCACCCCCCUGGGCAGAACCUCUUAACCUUCUUCUACACCUUGAGGAGAUAUUCUUCCCAAAGUUCGCCUGAAUUGAGGCCUCUCCGUGACUGGAGUGCUCCUGCCUCAACCUCACAGGUGUGAAGUAGGAGAAUUAGAAGACUUAAGAGGUUGUGUUUACUAUAUUUGCCCCCAAAUAAGCUGUUAACUAUCCUAAAGACGCCUAACACCCUCAAGUUUAAAGUGGCCCAGGACAAGUCCUUAGGUUUGAUAAGGGACCAUCCUUUAGGAUUCUGUCCUUCCUGGGCUCAAAUCUUAAAGCACACAGCCCUGAACUCAAGGCAGGAGACCUGCAUCCUGAUGGCUCUGCCACACUUUCACAGGUUAACUGUACAACUCUCACUGAUACACUUCUUCACCAUGCACUUUCCUUUGAUUCUCGGGAGAGAUGCGAGUAGUGGUUGAUGGGCAAAAACCUCAAGGCGGCUUCAUGUGGACCUUGUCAGGCUGCUCCCUUCCCCAUUGUCAAAAUGACACCAGGUGCCAGACACAGCUUGAAAGGGGGGCCUGGUCAGAAGCCUCUUUCCUUGUGGGGUUUUUUCCUGUUAGAAUGCUCCUGUCUAGCCCUCCUACUGUUCUGCCAGUCUCUUGGUUUUGUCCCUAGUGCUUAUUCUGCUACAAGUGAGAUGUAGCAUUUGGGUGCUGAGGGAUUUAGUAACGCCUAAUUAAAACCAUGUUGAAGUCAUUUAUAUUUCCACAUAUAUACAAGCCCACCCAGCCGACCCUCUUCACAUGAGUUUGUGAGGGGAUUUUGAAGUGGUGUCAGCUUACGAAGGCACUGUCAUGAUUGUAGAAUCCUGAUUGAUGGGGUCACUUCACUUACAUGAAGAAAGCUGGAGAAGAUCUGAGCUCCAAUUAUGGAAACUUCAAGCGAAAGCUGUUGCUGCUGGCCAAGGCCAUCCAGACUGUUCUCCUGACACCCCACCCCAUCCGCCCUGCCUCAUUCUCUGAUGUCAGGGAAACCUGGGACCCUGAAGAAUUUACCAGGAGUAAAGGCUUUCAUGUAUUUGCGUUGUUUGCUUUUUCUUACGUGAUUUCGUUUUCAUGUAAUUAAGAACUAAGGAGUAGAAUCUCAUGGCCCAAGGAUCUCUGUUGCCUGGUAAAGGUUCCAUGGAGAUGAGGCUGAAUAAUGAUGAACCUCACCUGCUCUGAUUGUGGGAGUGGCAAGGACUGGGGAGACCAUCCUCCAAAAAUGGAGCACAGGGUAUGGGAUUAAAGCAUGAAAAGGGAGACUGCCUUCUGUGCUGGUUUCUUCUGCUCUGUUUCUCGACCUAUUGCAUGCCAGCAUUCACCAGAGGAACGUGGGUGGGAUGACAAAGCCUAAGCUUAACAGCUCAACAAGGGGAUUCUCAUUCUGGUCAGUAAUGAUGUUCCAGUUGACUGGUUUGGUUUUAACUCCAGUCAUCCAUUGUCCUUCUGGAAGUAUGCACACAUGAAAUUUUAGAAAGUAACACAGGCAGCCAAGUUCCCUGGU